GAUGAGGCGCAGCCAAGAAGCUCCAGCCAGCGCCAUCCACGCCUGCCUCUGCACCACACGCACCGGAGCCAGACGCACUUCUCAUCCGGCCCACCUUUCCCCCCCAUUUCCUCUCCCUACCACCCACCCUCCUCCGCAAUGGGCAAGAAGAGCGCCGCAAAGGCCGCACCGGCCGCCGCCGCACCCGCCCCCGUCGCGGCCGCACCCGCCGCCGCGCCCGUCAACGGCAAGAAGGAGAAGAAGAGCAAGAAGGCCAAGAAGGAGCCCACGCCGCCGCCCGUCGUCGAGAGCAGCGAGAGCAGCGACGACAGCAGCGACGACGACAGCAGCGACGAGGAGCCGUCCAAGGCCGACGCCGUCAAGCCCGCCGCCGCCGCCGCGCCCGCGGCCGCCUCGAGCGACUCGGACUCGGACUCGGACUCGAGCGACGACGAGGCCGCGCCUGCUGCCGCUGCUCCGGCCACGAACGGCGCCGCCGCGGCCGACUCGGACGACAGCGACGACUCGGACGACAGCUCGGACGAGGAGGAGGCCGCGCCGGCCACCAACGGCGCCGCCGCCGCUGCCGCCGCCGAGGACUCGGACGACUCGUCGGACGACUCGUCCUCCGACGACGAGGAGGCGGCCGCGCCGGCUGCCGACAGCAAGAAGCGCAAGGCCGCCGACGACAGCUUCGUGGCCAAGAAGGCACAGACGGUCGAGGCUGCGCCGGCGGGCGGCGACGACGAGGCGCCGAAGCAGGUCUGGGUCGGCCAGCUCUCGUGGAACGUCGACAACGAGUGGCUGCAGAGCGAGUUUGAGAGCUACGGCGAGAUUGUCAGCGCGCGCGUCGUCAUGGACCGCGACAGCGGCAAGUCGCGCGGCUUCGGCUUCGUCGAGUUCAGCACCGCCGACGCCGCCAAGGCCGCGUUCGAGGGCGCCCAGGGCAAGGAGGUGGACGGCCGAGCCAUCAAGGUGGACCUGCAGGCGGCGCGCGCGCCGCGGGAUCAGGCGGCGUCGCGCGCCAAGAAGUUCGGCGACGAGCGCAGUGCGCCGAGCCUGACGCUCUUCGUCGGCGGCCUGGCCUUUUCGCUGUCCGAGGACCAGAUCUGGGAGGCGUUUGGCGAGCACGGCGAGGUGACGCGCGUGACGCUGCCCAAGGACCCCGAGACGGAACGGCCCAAGGGCUUCGGCUACGUCGAGUUUGCGCAGCAGGAGAGCGCCACCAAGGCCCUCGAGGCGCUCGCGGGCGCCGAGCUCGGCGGCCGUGCCAUCCGCCUCGACUACGCGCCGCCGCGCGACCAGAACGGCGGCGGAGGACGCGGCGGCGGCCGCGGCGGCCGUGGCGGAGGCCGUGGCGGCUUCGGCGGCGACCGUGGUGGCCGGGGCGGAGGUCGUGGCGGCGGUCGUGGCGGCUUCAGCCGCGGCGGCGGCUGGGGCGACCGUGGCGGCCGUGGCGGCGGUGGUGGCCGCGGCGGCAGCCGUGGUGGCUACAACGCCGCUCGCUCGGGCGGCAUCCAGGGCUUCGCCGGCAACAAGACGACGUUCGACUAAGCCGCUUCGCCCCCCCUCCCCCCCCCACGCAAUGCCCUUAGAUCUCUUCUGCCACUCUUUUCUUCCACUUGCCGCAUACUCUCUCCACGUCGUGCCCACCUUCAGUCCGUGACUUUAAUCCGAUCGAUCCUGUGCAUCACACACACCAACUAUCUCAAAAGCUCCAAGCUGCCGCUGCCGAAGGCGGCAGGCUUGGACGCACCAUCUCCCUCCUCUUGGUCAUCGACUCGACUCGACUCGACUCGGUCUCGGCUCUCUCUGUUCCAUAUCUGCGUCUGCGUCACGAACCAUCCACACACUUCCUCUCUCUCUCUCUCUUUCUCCUCGCAUCCCCUUCACGUCCCCCCCUGCGCGCCUUGUGCCAAUCUGGGACGUACUCAUGUGCAAAUGAAGCGCUUCU